ACACAUGUUGGCGUCGGCGCAAAAUAUUAGCGCCUUGCAAAUUCGCGCGUCGUUUUAACAUCAGUUCAAAAGCGUCGGUAGCGUAUACUAGUUUAAACGUCCACUUACGAAAAGCUCGAACCUCGUGGUUUCAUGAAUUCGAUUUCAAUCCACCGAAAAUGACUGCGCGUUUCCUCCCCUCUUCCAAGCGGUGCCAAAGCCACGAUGCCGCUCCUUCGGACCACAACCCUUAUCGCCUUGACGGUGAUCCAGCUAUUUGAGCCCUCAUCCCUAACAGUCAACCAAGACAAACGCAUAUCAGCGUUCCUGAACGGCGAUUUCAUAAUCGGUGCCUUAUUCCCCGUGCACCACCAGCCGUCAUCAAAGAAACGCACCGUCGCCAGCCUGGGCAUCAAAUGCGGGGAAAUUCGCGAACUGUACGGCAUCCAGCGCGUCGAAGUCACUUUCCAGACAUUAGACAAGAUCAACAAAGACCCCAAUUUGCUGCCCAACCUCACUCUAGGGGUGGAGAUCCGCGACGAGUGCUGGUAUGCCCCGGUGGCGCUCCAGCAGAGCAUCGAGCUCAUCAGGGAUGCCAUCACCCCCGUGUCCUCCUACCUGGACUCCUGCCACAACCUCACGACCUCCGACGCCGGCCAGCGGGGGCCCCUUAUCGGGGUUGUGGGGCCGGGGUCCAGCUCGGUGGCGCUGCAAGUCCAGAACUUGCUCCAGUUGUUCCAUAUUCCACAAGUGGGGUAUUCCACCACUUCGAGGGAUUUGUCCGAUAAGAGCAGAUUUAAUUAUUUCUUGAGGGUGGUGCCGUCGGAUUAUUACCAAGCGCAAGUUAUUCUCGAUAUUGUGAGAUAUUACGGUUGGACGUACGUCUCGGCUGUCAAUACCGAUGAAAAUUAUGGCCAGUCGGGGAUCCAAGCGUUUCGGGAGCUGGCCGAAGAAGCCGACGUUUGCAUUGCACGGGAGGAUUCGAUUCUGAGCAAUGCGCCCGACGAAGGCUUCGACAAAGUUAUCCUCAAUCUGAAGCAGGAUCCCAACGCUUACGUCGUCGUCUGCUUUUGCGAAGGACUGACCGUCAGAGGACUCCUCAAGGCGACUCGGCGUCUCAACAUGACCAAUCAUUUCUUAUUCAUAGGAAGUGAUGGUUGGGCUGACCGAGGCGAUGUAACUCGCGGUUUUGAAGAGGAGGCCUGGGGUGCACUUUCGAUUCGAAUUCACUCCCCGUACGUGAAGUCCUUCGACGAGUACUACUGGUCCUUGAAGCCCCAUAACAACACCCGUAAUCCAUGGUUUAGGGAAUUCUGGGAGUCCCGGUUUUCGUGCUCGCUUGACGGACCGCCAGACGAUGACUCUGCGUCCGUCGAUACUCUCAACUCCACACAAAGCUCUACCGUCAACAAGACAGACUCGAGAAAGCUUUGCAGCGGUGAAGAGAGUUUGCUAGACAAAUAUCGGCAAGAUUCUAAGCUCAGCUUUGUCAUUAAAGCUGUGUACAGUUUAGCGCACGCCUUGCAUGACAUGCAGCAGGACAAGUGUGGGCCCGGAACGACCGGAACGUGUGAAAAGCUCCUGCCCUUCAAUGGGUCCUUGUUUAAGAGUUAUUUGAUGAACGUUACCUUUGAGUACGACGAAGAUAUAAUAGAGUUUGAUGAAAACGGGGAUCCCCCGGGGCGUUAUGACAUUAUGAAUUAUCAGAAGCUCGACGAUGGGAGCUUUGAUUAUGUCCAGGUCGGUAACUGGCAUAACAGAAGUUUGUGGUGGAAUCAGUCGAGACCGAUGCAGUUCGGUAGAAGCAGAAAUGUCAAGUCGGUUUGCUCAGAGGAAUGCCCGAAAGGACAUUACAAAAACGUCCAGCAGGGCGGAAAGGACAAGCGCUGUUGCUGGGUGUGCGUGCCAUGUCCCAGCGGAGAGAUCCUAGAUGAGCAAGGAGAGAGUUGCCACCGCUGCCCGCAAGGGUUCGUGCCGGACGAGCUGAAACUUAAGUGUCUCCUGCUGCCCAUCGAGCACAUGCAAUGGUGGGACACGCAGGCCAUCGUCGCCAUGAUCUUCGCCUCUCUGGGCUUCCUCAGCACGUUCUUCGCCUUCAUGGUCUUCAUGAAGUACAACAACACGCCGGUCGUCAAGUCCUCCACCAAGGAGCUGUGCUACAUCAUCCUGGCGGGCAUGACCGUCUCGCACGCUAGCGUGUUCGCAAUUCUGACGAAGCCGUCGAUGAUCUCGUGCGCGCUGAGCCGGGUCUUGCCCGGCCUGAGCUUCGCCAUGAUGUAUGCGGCGCUGUUGACCAAAACCAACCGAAUCGCCCGGAUCCUGGCGGGGAGCAAGAAGCGCUUUCCCACGAGGAAACCCUUGUUCAUGUCGGCGACGGCCCAAGUCGUCAUCACGUGCUUCCUGAUCGCUAUCGAGGUUUUCAUCUCGGGGGGGAUGCUCCAUUACCAAUUCCCCAACAUCGCACAUGUGUACUCCACCAGGAGGACGCUCCUGGAGUGCGACACGACCCCGGAAGCCAUCGUUGUCCCGCUCGCCUUUGACUUCGUCCUCAUCAUCCUCUGCACCAUCUACGCCGUCAAGACGCGGAACGUCCCCGAGAACUUCAACGAAGCCAAAUUCAUCGGCUUCGCCAUGUACACCACCUGCGUCAUCUGGAUCGCCUUCGUCCCCAUCUACUUCGGGAGCGACUCGAAAGUCAUCACGCUGUGCAUGUGCGUGACGCUUAGUGCGAUGGUGAUUUGGGUCUUUCUUUUCGUCCCGAAACUCUAUAUAAUUCUCGUGAAGCCGGAACGAAAUAACCGGGCACUUUUCACGACCAGUAAGACUAUCAGGUGCCACAUUGGCUCAAGAGUGGCGUCUGCAGUUUCGGAGAAAAGCUCAAAUAACAGUUGGAAGGAGAGCACGGUUUCAGGGAGGGAUGUACCCCCACAAAAAAGAACGCUGUCGUGUCAGACGGGAAACGAACUUUUGCAAGUUUUACUGAACCCUAAAGCUCUCAUGGAACCAUACACAGUAUCAGCCAACUCUUUUGCCCUUCCCAAAAUUACAGAGAGGGACUGUUGCGAGGCUGAUAACUGCCAAGUCAAAAAAAUCAUCAUCGAGCUGCCUGACAAUCCGGUUUUGGAAACCAUUAGUCGGGGGGUAAACCGAGACCUUUGAACAAAAUUUACGAAAUUUUUUUUGAGUCUGCUAAUCAAAAACGGGUUUACUCCUCGACCAAAAUUUAAUUAAGAAACGCUGUAAAAUUCUGAAUAAAUGUGAAACUAGUCAAUAAUGUACCAGGUGGGCAACCUGGUAAAAUCGCCAUUUCUAAUUAAAUAUUUUUUUGCAUUUUACAGUCCUGACUGUACGUUCGAAAGUUAUUUUCCCCAAUUUUUUGGUAAUUUUUCACUUACAGAUAAAGAUAAUUAUAAAAGAAAAGUAAUUACGCAUAUUCACAUCAGAUAAUUGUUUACGAAAUUAUCGAAAAAAAUACCAAUCAGAUUUUGAAUUAAACGCAUUUUUACGAUUUAGCUUUAAAACUUAUUUUUAUUUAUAAGUUGCUCCUUGUGGCGUCGUAAAUUUAGGUGACAAUGUGACUGUAAUUGGGGUAAGAUUGUAAAAAAUUUGUUGGAAUAUUUGAUGCAGGCGUCAGUUUUUGUCAAAUUUUAUUACAAGACUGUAAAUAAGGGUCAGCUACUGGUAAGUGAUCUCUUUGUUGGCAAAUUAUACCAUCUUCUAAUAAAUCACGCGUCUGAUUUGCCCGAUUAUUUAACCAACCAAGUAAAAAAACCAACCAGGGUUGGAUGGGCUGGCAGGUAAGGAUUCACUUAGUCCAAAAACUUCGUAGUUAAAUUAACAGUUAGUGGCCAAAAACUCAGAAAACUGCUUCAACUUUAUUUAUUUUCAAAAAAAAAAUUAACAAAAAUUAAGAAUGUACAGGAUGGUGUGUAAAAUUUCAGGAUUUUCAUUUCCUUAGAAGUCGCGAUUUUCUUGGGGUUGGCUCGCCGAGUAUUUUACAAAUAACUGACGUCUCAGUAGUUUUUUCUUGUACAGACACGGUAGACUUGUAGCUUGAAUAUUUCUACACUGUCAGUAUUUCUAAAGACGUAUUUUCUAUCCAUUUGUUGUGAUAUAAAACUGUUGUAUAUUGAGUUAACGAGAAUAAACGUGUUCAUCAAGACCAAUUUUUCAGUCCUCGGAGCAAUACUACUGUUUGUAAUAAAAUUUUCAGUUGUUAAAGGUC